GGCGCGCGCGCGCACCGGGAGCGCGCUCGGAGGCGAGUGGAACUGGAUCGGGUUUGCUGCCAGCGGCGUGAGCUUCGGCCGCCAUUUUACAACAGCUCCACUCGCGCCGGACACAGGGAGCAGCGAGCACACGUUGCCCGCAACCGGAUCUCCUCGGACAGGAUUCCUCCGCCGCAGCCCAACGGGGAGAUCUCUGGAAACAUGGCUACAGAACAUGUUAAUGGAAAUGGUACUGAAGAGCCCAUGGAUACUACUUCUGCAGUUAUCCAUUCAGAAAAUUUUCAGACAUUGCUUGAUGCUGGUUUACCACAGAAAGUUGCUGAAAAACUAGAUGAAAUUUACGUUGCAGGGCUGGUUGCACAUAGCGAUUUAGAUGAAAGAGCUAUCGAAGCUUUAAAAGAAUUCAAUGAAGACGGCGCAUUGGCAGUUCUUCAGCAGUUUAAAGACAGUGAUCUCUCUCAUGUUCAGAACAAAAGUGCCUUUUUAUGUGGAGUCAUGAAGACUUACAGGCAGAGAGAAAAACAGGGGACCAAAGUAGCAGAUUCUAGCAAAGGACCAGAUGAAGCAAAAAUUAAGGCACUCUUGGAAAGAACAGGCUACACACUUGAUGUGACCACUGGACAGAGGAAGUAUGGGGGACCACCUCCAGAUUCCGUUUAUUCAGGUCAGCAGCCUUCUGUUGGCACUGAGAUAUUUGUGGGGAAGAUCCCAAGAGAUCUGUUUGAGGAUGAACUUGUUCCAUUGUUUGAAAAAGCUGGACCUAUAUGGGAUCUUCGUCUAAUGAUGGAUCCACUAACAGGUCUCAAUAGAGGUUAUGCGUUUGUCACUUUUUGUACAAAAGAAGCCGCCCAGGAGGCUGUUAAACUGUAUAAUAAUCAUGAAAUUCGUUCUGGAAAACAUAUUGGUGUCUGCAUCUCGGUUGCCAACAACAGGCUUUUUGUGGGCUCUAUUCCUAAGAGUAAAACCAAGGAACAGAUUCUUGAAGAAUUUAGCAAAGUAACAGAGGGUCUUACAGACGUCAUUUUAUACCACCAACCAGAUGAUAAGAAAAAAAACAGAGGUUUUUGCUUCCUUGAAUAUGAAGAUCACAAAACAGCUGCCCAGGCAAGGCGUAGGUUAAUGAGUGGUAAAGUCAAGGUCUGGGGGAAUGUUGGAACUGUUGAAUGGGCUGAUCCUAUAGAAGACCCCGAUCCUGAGGUUAUGGCAAAGGUAAAAGUGCUGUUUGUGCGCAACCUUGCCAAUACUGUAACAGAAGAAAUUUUAGAAAAAGCAUUUAGUCAGUUUGGGAAACUGGAACGAGUGAAGAAAUUAAAAGAUUAUGCUUUCAUUCAUUUUGAUGAGCGAGAUGGUGCUGUCAAGGCUAUGGAAGAAAUGAAUGGCAAAGACUUGGAAGGAGAAAAUAUUGAAAUUGUUUUUGCUAAGCCACCAGAUCAGAAAAGGAAAGAAAGAAAAGCUCAGAGGCAAGCUGCAAAGAAUCAAAUGUAUGAUGAUUACUACUAUUAUGGUCCACCUCAUAUGCCCCCUCCAACAAGAGGUCGAGGGCGUGGAGGUAGAGGUGGUUAUGGAUAUCCUCCAGAUUAUUACGGAUAUGAAGAUUACUAUGAUUAUUAUGGCUAUGAUUACCAUAACUAUCGUGGUGGCUAUGAAGAUCCAUACUAUGGUUAUGAAGAUUUUCAAGUUGGAGCUAGAGGAAGGGGUGGUAGAGGAGCAAGGGGUGCUGCUCCAUCCAGAGGUCGCGGGGCUGCUCCUCCCCGUGGUAGAGCCGGUUAUUCACAGAGAGGAGGUCCUGGAUCAGCAAGAGGCGUUCGCGGUGCGAGAGGAGGUGCCCAACAACAAAGAGGCCGCGGGCAGGGAAAAGGGGUCGAGGCCGGUCCUGACCUGUUACAAUGAAGACUGACUUGCUAUGUGGGAUUACACCAGAAGCUUGCAGUGGAGUAAUGGUAAGGAAAUCAAGCAACCUUAAAUAUCUCGGCUGUAUAGGAGCAUAUUCUAUUGCAGAAGACCUUCCUAUGAAGAUCAUGGAAUCAAAUACAGGACAUUGAACUAAUACUUGGACUUUGAUAUGAAUUUCUUUAACAAUUUUCUCUGCAGUGCAAGUUAUUAAACUAAAGCUACUCUAUUUUCCAAAUGUGUUCCAACAGAAAUUCUUCAUAACUUCUAGCAUGGUAUCUUAAUAAAGAAUAAAGUUCUUCUCUUUAAAAAAUCUGCUCUAAGUAGAUUUUUCCCCUGUUUUUUUAAAUUAAGGAUCCCAGCAGUGGUUUUCUGAAAUAUUCUCUUGAAUUUGUGCAUUUAAAUUUUAUUGCAGUGGUAUAGAUGAAUGCCAUUGUUGGUAUCCUUAAAUUUUAUUUCUGCUCACCAAGGUUAAUCAUGAUUGUCUAUAUCUUUUUUAUAGUAAUCACUUUUGAAUUGUGUUCAGAUAUGCAGUUUCAGGUGUAAUCAUCAGAGCUGGUUAGUCAGGCAUUCCAGAUAGUGGUUCUUUUCAGAACCUUUUUUAAAGGGUUGGUUAACUACCUCAGUAGCAGAGGAUUGAACUAUACCCUGUCUGUACUGUACAUAGAAAAUCUUUGUAGAUAAAAGCAAGGCUUGUUAAAUGAUAUGAGGGUAAGAUUUUAAUAUACCAAAUGUAACAUUCUUAGUUGCCUUUAGUUUCAGAGGCUUGUAAGACUUCCUCAUGACCAUCAUAACAGGCCUUGCUUUUGUCGUAUUUUGUGGCUGAAAAAGCAGCCUUGCUUCUUCAGAUAUUGUAGUUAUUUGGAUGUAUAAUAGUUUAGCAAGAUGUUACUUUUGUAAGACAUCAGAUGUUCAAAAAAAGUGCAUCCGAACUUGUACUAAAUACUGCAGUGUCCCUUUAUAAAAAGUCAGACUAAAACUGACAAUUGUACAGCAAAGCCUGACAUUUGGAUAUUUUGAAGUUUUUUCAUAAAUCAUAGAAAUUAGUAUAUGGCUGUAGUUUAGCUUUUUAGGUAAAAAGUAUGUUUCAUUAGUGCAUUUCUUAUUGCUGAUCACUGCAAAAAUGUGAAUCAGCUUUCCAUUUCUUAUGCAGGUCAUGAUAACUUGUAGAAUAGAAUACAAUCAUUUGUGCUAUGUUUUUAAUUUUCUAAAAGCACCUUGAUGACAGUGAGUGUUCAGUGGUGAAGCAUCCUCUAUUGAAUCACCCUCAAAAAUUUUUUUGCCAAGUUCUAAAUUGAUAACUUAAAGUCAAAAGUGAAAUUACAGUUUAAUUAGGACUUGGUAUAAAGAAAUCCUUUUCCCCUUCCCCAAAGGGAUACUGCAGUUAUAUCACAUACCCAAUAGGCACCACAAUGAAGAUCAGAGCUUAUUAUACUUAAGGUUUUAUACACACCAGUUCCCCCAGUAAAUGCAAAUUUAACAAGAAAAUUAGACAUGUCAUAUGUUCAAAAUGCUCAUGGCAAACAAUCAUUUUGCAUUCCUGCAAAUAAAAUUGUUUUAUACUGUAAGCUGGAGGCGAGUGUAACUUAUUUUUGUAAUAAAGUUUUUAUUUUUUUUAUGUGUCAUUAAUAUAAAUGUGUGUUAGUAUAGAAAUAUUCUGGUUUAAAAACUUAGAAAUGCACACAUUUCGGUAUGUUUAUUUGUACUUACAUAAUUUUAGAUAGUGGUUGCCAAUAGCCUGUAUGUUUCACAUUAAUUGGUUUUUUUAUGUUAUCUUAAUAAACCAUUUUAGUAUGUUGUAUGUCAGUUACUGGGAUAGCUGGGACAUAGAGUGUAAUUUAAAAUUUGUCAAUAAGUAUUCAUUGGAAUAUAUGUAAAUGUGCCUUGCCGGUUAUUGAAACUUACUUACAAAAUGAGUAUGGGGUGACAAAAUUAGUUCCUGGUGCUUAAUGAAACUUUUUGCCACUGAUUUUAUAUAUUACCCCGUGCUUUUUUAAAGUACAUCUCUCUCAAAUCUUAGUGUAAGUUUGAGGGCUACACAAAACAUUUACAUUUCAUUCUAACAUAUAAUGAGUAUAGUAGGUUGUGGAAAGUGGGUAAACUAAAUGUAGCCUUCAGUAAAAUUGAAUCUCAGUGUAAUCCUUGGUGCUGGCACUUACCAGUUCCAAGGAGUUAAAUGAUCCCAUCAAAGAGGUCAUUGCCAUGCCUAUGGGCACUUUACUGUCAUACCCUUUUUAAGGGACACUGUCAAGGUGUUUAAGUUAAUUCUCAGAAUUAUUUUUGGGAUUUUAGAACAGGUUUGUUUGACUUAUGUGAGAACUGCAUUGUCAAAGUUGAAAGAUGAACAUUUUUGUGAGUUCACAAAUGUGUUCUUAAGAAAACAUUAAAAUACGGAGCUUUGGGUUUCCAAGACUAUUUGGCAUUCUUAGUUUGGGAUUUGGGAGGGAAAACUGAUACUAAAAAAUUGUGAAGAAUUGAUGGGCAGUGUAAACAGUGGUGAUGAAAUAUAUACACACUCAAGUGAAAUUACUUGACAGUGUUCAUUUGACUAACUUUGAAUUUAAGCCAUUAUAAUUUUAAAAUUAAAUCAUUUGCACUGUUCUGAUAAUGGGUGCAGUUUUUGAGCAAUAUAAUCAGAGCUAAAUAUGCAUGUAGUGAUUAGUGACGUGAACAAUUAAGUUCUGAGAAGAAAUACUAACUGGUAUUUUCAAACUUAAAUUUUCUGUAGUAAAAAUCAGUAUCAAACUCUUAUCAGAGAACAAGGAAAACAGGCAAUGCAUAUAAACAUACUUUUGAAUGUUGUGUGGCCUAUAAAGCAAUAAUGCAAUUUUUAUGGAAUGUCAUGGGAUAUGAGAAAUGGAAAUGCAAAAAUAACUAAUCCUUUAGUAAAAUUGUCAACAUGUUAAAAGGGGAAUGUUAACUAAUGUAGGUUAUUGCUAUUUGUGAUUUGUUUAUGGGUUCUUGGCUUUGACAGCUUCAAAGAAUGGACAGAUGACAAGUUAAAGAAAUUUUGUAUAUAUUGUCAAGGAAUGGGUCUUAAAUCUAAGAGUCAAGUCCCUUCCUUGGGGUGAACAAAUGUAUCCUUAAAGCAUUCUGAUUGUUAAAAAAGAAAACUUGAGUUAACCUAACCAAAGCAGACGCAAGAUUUUGUUUCUGCAGACUACUUGGCAAUCAAAGUGAUCAUCACUUAAGUUAAUCAGUUUUCAGAAAGUUGCUUUGUGAGAAAUUGCGUUACAUAUAUUCUCCCAGACAUGCUUUUUGUGUAAAGUUUUCAGCAUUGUGACUAAUUAAGAUGUUAGGGGGGAUUUAGCACAAAAGAGCAGUUGCACACUCAUGAUGGCUGUUGUAGCACCAUGAGAAAUUUAUCUACCAAUUAACUGCAAGUCUUAUUUAACAAAAUACAAACAACUUCAUUCAUACUAAAAUAGUUAUGACAUAGGAAUGGAUUGAUGGGGUGACCUUGGGUAUUCACUUGUAUAUAGCUAUUCGAAAAGACAUAGGGUGAAUAUUAUGGUAGAUGGGCAAAAUUGUCACAUUCAGGACAGCUUUUUUUGACUGCUAAGCCAAAAGUCCGUGUUGAUCAGAAACAAACAAACAAAAAAGAUGAACACCUUGUUAUUGCAGAAUAUGACAUAAUCUGUUUUAAGGGGAGAAAUUUAAAAGUAGAAGGAUUUCAUGCAUUUAGGUGAAGGAGCUAACCCCUUGAGUAAAUGAUUGCUCAGGUUCUUAAAAUGUCCCAAAUACCCACCAUGGUCGUUUUCUCCCCAGUGAUGCACAUCUUAAAAGUUCUGUCUGACCACAGGAAUUCAAUGGUGGGUAUAAAAUGAAUGAAUAAAGAAAUUAAGUAACAAUUCAUAAAAUGACCAGAUGUAGGGAUGGUGUUUUAGAGUGUAGUAUUAAUUUACUCAGUGAUACCACUCAAUAGGGCAUGCCACUACUUUUCUUAAGAUGCUAAUUAUAAACCAAUGUUCAAAAGACAUUUUUAACUGUGGGCAAAUUAGUAGACGGGCUUUUUGGUCUGUCACUUUUUUAAAAAGUACUUAAAAGUUUUAUUAGUACCACAGUCUGCCUUCAGUAAUAAACCCUAAAAUAUUUUUCAGAACCAGGAGCAUUCAGUUGAAAGAAAUCUUUUUUAUGAGUGCAAAACAGUAUUACAACUAAUGCCCUGGUCAAGAUUAGGUUUUUAAUGAUAUUAACAGUAGUCUGAUAAACAUUUAGAAGUCUGGCAUUGAGAAACAAAAGCUUGUACCUGACUAGUAUUUUUAUUUAAAAAAAUAGUUCUGUUAGCUUAUUUAAAUUCUCUUAACGUUUAUUUAUCCUUAGAAUUUAUAUUUAUUUCAUUCCUUUCAUCUCACUGAAAACUGUCUGCAGGCUCUUUGAUUUGGAUUAGAUGUGUGAAGUACUGUCUUUUGCCAAAAACCUCAAAUUACCUGUUCUUUUCAACGUAGUGGGUUUGUGCUUGUUUGGAGAUCAGUUCAAAAACUAUCUGUACUAUCUGUACUGCCUCUGAUGUUAAGAUUUUAUGUAUAGCAUAAGGAAGCUAGCUCUGACUAUAUUUUCCUAAGAAUAAAGACCUAUUUUUGUAGCA